UCUCUCUCUCUCUCACCCACUUGUACAGCCACUGUAUCUUUCCCUUACUUUCCAUCCCUCUUUUUCCCCUCAUUGCGGGCAUUUUGGUCGGUUGUUUGUGGCUGAUGAGGGCUCGUGCUAAGCUUCCUCUGCUCUGCUCAUGUGUGAAAUAUCGGUAUCAGGAUGAAGAGACUCCGCCCCUGGAGCACAGCCCCGCCCACCUGGCUCACAGCAAGAGUGCUGAGAUGCUUCACAUGAGUGAUAAGAACCUGGCUGCCAUGGACACCAUGCACAGUUACGCCCCACACACACACAUCUCACCAAUAAAGCCAGUGUUGCUGUCCUCUGGUCAAACCCCUCUGUACACCUCUGCGGUCUCCACACUGGCGAACUCUCCACCAGUGGUGGUAAAUACAGACACACUGGAUGGCUCACCGUAUGUCAAUGGAGCAGAAGGAGAGAUCGAAUAUGAAGAGAUUACGUUGGAAAGGGGGAACUCUGGGCUAGGCUUCAGUAUCGCCGGAGGGACUGAUAACCCUCAUGUAGGAGACGACCCCAGCAUCUUCAUCACCAAGAUCAUUCCAGGAGGAGCCGCCGCACAAGACGGGAGACUCAGAGUAAAUGACAGCAUUCUCUUCGUGAAUGACGUCGAUGUUCGGGAGGUGACCCACAGUCAGGCGGUGGAGGCUCUCAAGGAGGCGGGUGCUAUCGUCAGACUCUAUGUAUUACGCAGGAAACCCAUCGCUGAGAAAGUCACCGAACUCAAGCUCAUCAAAGGGCCAAAAGGGCUAGGCUUUAGUAUAGCGGGUGGUGUGGGGAACCAGCACAUCCCUGGAGACAACAGCAUUUAUGUCACAAAGAUCAUCGAGGGAGGAGCGGCUCAUAAGGACGGGCGACUACAGAUCGGUGAUAAGAUACUGGCGGUGAAUAAUGUGUGUUUGGAGGACGUGAUGCAUGAGGACGCGGUGGGCACGCUGAAGAACACAGCAGAGGUGGUCUACCUCAGAGUGGCCAAGCCAAACAACAUGUACCUUACCAACAACUACAACCCACCAGACCUCACGAGCACGUACUCUCCGCAUCUGGACAUGGACCUCGGACAUCCAAACCUCCUGGCCUCGGAUUACCCACAAGCACUCACGCCCACCUCACCAAGCCGCUUUUCUCCAGUGCUGCAUGGCUUGAUGGGAGAUGAUGACUUACCCAGGGACCCGAGGCGUGUUGUGAUCCACAGAGGAUCGACGGGUUUGGGGUUUAAUAUAGUUGGAGGGGAGGAUGGUGAGGGAAUAUUCAUCUCUUUCAUCCUGGCAGGAGGCCCUGCGGAUCUGAGCGGAGAACUGCGCAAAGGAGAUCAGAUCUUGAGUGUGAGAGCAUGCAAACACAUACACAUUGUUUUCACACCACAGUCUUACAUAUGGGCGGUAAAUGAAUGCAACUAUGAUCAGCAGAGCCCAAAGGAGGAAGCGGGAGAGGUUUAUAAGCAUGCUUUACUGACCCAUAACAGAGAUCUAGUGUCUUACCCCAUCUGCUCUUCUGUGCAGUGUUGGAUAAGAGUUGUGUUUGUUUGUGCAGAGUACAGUCGAUUUGAAGCUAAAAUUCAUGAUCUCAGAGAGCAGUUGAUGAACAGCAGUAUGGGCUCUGGAACAACUACAUUACGAAGUAACCCUAAACGAGGAUUUUAUAUCAGGGCUCUGUUUGACUAUGAUAAGACGGCAGACUGUGGUUUCCUGAGUCAGGCCGUGGGCUUUAGGUUUGGAGAUGUGCUGCAUGUUUUGGACUGUGGAGAUGAUGAGUGGUGGCAGGCCUGCAGAGUCAGCCCACAGGGGGAGGAGGAGGAGGUCGGCUUCAUCCCCAGCAAGAGGAGGGUUGAGAGAAAAGAGUGGACGCGGUUGAAGUCGAAAGAAAGGGACCGAAGUCGAGACAGUACAGGCUCACAGGGAAGGGAAGAGCCAGUACGGAGUUACGAGACAGUUGCACAAGUGGAAGUGCACUACGCGAGGCCCAUCAUUAUUCUGGGCCCGGUGAAGGACAGAGUGAAUGAUGACCUGCUGUCUGAGUUCCCAGACAAGUUUGGCUCUUGUGUCCCUCAUACGACACGACCCAAGCGGGAGUAUGAGGUGGAUGGACGGGACUAUCAUUUUGUGUCGUCGCGGGAACAGAUGGAGAAAGACAUUCAGAACCAUCAUUUCAUCGAGGCGGGCCAGUACAACAGCCACCUGUAUGGAACCAGCGUUCAGAGCGUCCGAGAGGUGGCUGAACAGCAGGGAAAGCAUUGUAUUCUGGAUGUGUCCGCAAAUGCAGUUCGUAGGCUGCAGGCUGCACAGCUUCACCCGAUCGCCAUCUUCGUGCGGCCCAAAUCACUGGAGAACGUCCCAGAGAUCAACACACGUCUGACUGAGGAACAAGCCAGGAAAGGUAUGGACCGCGCUAUUAAACUGGAGCAAGAUUUCCUGGAGUGCUUCUCUGCGAUCGUGGAGGGCGACAGCUUCGAGGAGGUUUAUCACAAGGUGAAAACUGUGAUCGAAGAGCAGUCAGGGCCUUAUAUCUGGAUUCCCACCAGGGAGCGUCUGUGAGAGUCCACCCAGAGCCAAACCACCUCGCCCAGCCUGCCCUGGACUGUGGAGCUCCGACUCGUAGAGCUCACGAGAAACAGACAGAGAGAGAGAGAGAGGGAGGGAGAGAUGGAGAGAAGUCACCGAGACUCCGGGAAAUGAUGGAGUGGAACAGCACAGGAGCUGGCCACACCGCAUCUGCCUCUCUUUUCCUCCGUUUCCUAGCUUUGUAACUUCCUUUUUCUGCUUUUAACUUCCUUUCUCUGCCUUUUUCUCAGUCCUUCUCUGUUUCUUUCUGGCUUUCUCUCUGAAUAGCGUCCUUUCACACAGGACUGGUGAGCUGUUUUUACUCUGUCACGAACUGGGAUGCUACAAAGAAAUUUUGUAUAUUGUCAGAUUCCCUCUCGCUCUCUCCGAUCAACACGGGAAGUGGAGAGAGAUGAGCGACCGCCUUGGCUUUUACUGGAAUGAGACAUUCAAGAGCCGCUCCUGAUUAAAGGAGCUCGUUUCUAAAGUUGAGUUGAACUGAAAUAAGAAAGUAUAUUUAUCAGAAUCAAUAAUGCGCUGAAAUCUUCUAUCUACUCAGAGACUGACGUUCACUCACAGUUAUCAGCAUCAAGGGCGUUUUAAUUCCUUUUCGAAAUUUAAAGUGCUUGACGUGUGCAUCCUGAAAUCCAGGAAGUACUGAGCUAGCAAAUCUAAAAAGUUUGCCUCAGUCCUCCGAAUGUUCCCCUGAAAUAGUCUGCAGCUAGUUCAUCACGUUGAAUGGAUGAUAAGGAAGGAAAACAGGAAGACGCAGACUGUGACUUUCGUUCUGCACACCACAGAAAGCCACACGCUUGAUGUUCCAGGGUCUGUUUUCUGUUGAUUUUCUUGCGCUUACAUGUAAACAUUCUCAUUUAGACACAUGCCAACAUAGAUUUUGUAAUGUUUGCCUUCUUCUAUCUGGAUCUUCUUGCAACAGCCAGAUUGAUGUUUUCCUUUGAGCUGAAAUUUAUUGGCUCGGUUGGAUUAUUUCCCUGAGCGCCACAGCUCAA